UUAUUGUUUUCAAUACUUCUAUUAAUUCAUGUAAUUAUAUAAGGGUUUGUUUUUCAACUAGUUAAAUAUUUAUCAUAUUUGUGGUGGAAAGAUAAAAAAUAAAACGCAUUGCGUGAUUUUUGAUAAGAAUACAAAUAACGUUCUCAUUGAUGGCGUUUAUUUAUCAAUUAUUACCAAUUAAAAGCUAUUGGACAAAGGCGUUAAAAGUCCUAGUCCUACACUACAUUCAUCAAAACGCACUUAUUUUUAGUCACUAGUCUUAGUUUUCAAGUAAAAUUCCUAUUUUUAAUUUCUAAUGAAUAAUGUUACCAAAAAUUGCUAUAUUCUUCUAUUUUCUAUUGAUAAUUUUAACUCGCAAAAACUGUUCAUCUACAAAAUAUCCAGUUAUACUCAUACCAGGUGAUGGAGGUAGUCAAAUUGAUGCCAAAUUGGAUAAGGCCAGUGUAGUUCAUUAUAUUUGUGAUAAAAAGACAAAUGAUUAUUCGAAUAUUUGGCUAAAUUUAGAACUCUUGGUUCCAUAUGUUAUAGACUGUUUAAUAGACAAUAUGAGACUGAUUUAUGAUAAUACAACUCGUACAACCCACAGUCCACCUGGUGUGGAUAUUAGAAUACCUGGAUGGGGAAACUCGAGUGCAGUGGAAUAUAUUGAUCCAAGUUUAUCUACAUUUGGAGCUUAUUUUAAGAGUGUAGGUGAUUCAUUAGUUGGUGUUGGUUUAGAAAGAGAUGUGUCAAUUCGAGGAGCUCCUUAUGAUUUCAGAAAAGCUCCAAUUUUUCUUAUAUUUAAAUCAACAGAUGAAAAUAAAGAAUUUUUCAUUAAAUUGAAAGAUCUAACUGAAGAAGUAUAUGCUCAAAAUAAUAAUACUCCAGUUGUAUUUAUUGUACAUAGUAUGGGUGGAUGUAUGUCUCUACAAUUUUUACGAUUACAAACACAAAAAUGGAAAGAUAAAUACAUUAGAGCUCUAGUAUCAUUAGCUGGAGCUUGGGGUGGUGCUGUUAAAGCACUAAAAGUUUUUGCUGUAGGUGAUGAUUUAGGAGUUUAUGUACUUAGUGGAAGUGUUUUAAAAGCUGAGCAAAUUACAUCUCCCAGUCUUGCGUGGCUUUUGCCAUCUUCUUAUUUCUGGAAAGAUAGUGAUGUACUCGUUCAAACAGAUAAACAAAAUUUUACUGUCAAUGAUUACAAGUCAUUUUUUGAAGGUAUUGAUUAUAUGAAUGGAUAUGAAAUGUGGCAAGAUGUAAAACAAUACAAAGAAUUUGGGCCUCCUGGAGUUGAAGUUCAUUGUUUACAUGGUACUACAAUUGCCACUGUAGAGAAAAUGAUAUAUGGACCUGGUAAUUUUCCAAAUAAAUAUCCAUCAAUCCAGUAUGGUGAUGGAGAUGGCACUGUUAAUUUGAGAAGUCUUCAAGGUUGUAGUUUAUGGUCUACUAUGCAAAAGCAAAAAGUAUAUCACCAAGUAUUUCCUAAUGCAGAUCAUAUGUCCAUUUUAAGAGAUGAACGAGUUAUGGAUUAUAUAGUUCAACUCAUGGACAAAUUAUAAAUUUUUUUACUUUGUUAUGUCGAUUAAAAUUAUUCAAUGACAAAAGUGGGGAAGUUAAUAAAUUCUUUGUUAAAAAUAUUAUUUUAAAAAUUAAAACAAUUUUUAUUUAGUAAUAUUUUAUAAAAUAAGUAUUAUCACUCUUAUAAAUCAUAUAGUUAAAAAUUACUUUUUUUAUUGAUGAAUUGUUGUAUUUUAUUAAUUGUAUUUUCAACGAAUACAAAUUUUAAUAGAAUAUUAAAUUGAUAUUUGUAUGUUUCUUCAUAUUGUUAAAAAUAUUUUUAAAAACUAUCCUAAUUUGUAAAAAAAAAUUGCAAAUAUAAUUAUUCUUUCAGCUUUA